CUCAUGACACCUGCCAUCGCUUCAUCUUUCCUCUAAGAGCUUCGUGACGCACGACAAGACGACUAGAACGCAAACAGCGAAGAACGAACGAGAUCUAUCGUAGAUUGUGAAGAACCGUCACGAUUUAGCGCUCAUAAUUAGGUGGAUUAUAGGUGGCCUACAUUUACCGAUGAAAGUUCCGAACUAGAGAGUUCGGGAGGAUUGAACGUCGUCUGUCCCCUCAGAGGGCUCGUCAACGCGAUCGCCAAGUGAAGUGUUGCGCAAGAAAUUUGUACAUCAAUUGGCAUGGUGUGGCUGUUAGACUAGCUUCUAUUAUAUAUACGAUAUAACGAUAAUAACUGGCGGUAGUCAGCGAGUUUAAUUUAGUAGCAUAAUAAGAACAAUAUUGUGUUAAAAUCACUGUCGAAAUAUGGAGGUGCUUGUGAAUUUUAUUGAAGAACAUUUUCUUGGAACGAUUUUGGGUAUGAUGUGUAUAUUGCAGUCAUGGAAUUAUUAUUUACUCUGGCGUCAGAGAACACUAAUACAGCAGUCUGUUGAUUUUCCAAAGUCAGUCGAAGGUAUAAUAACCAAAGAUACAUAUGAUAAAGCUCGAGCAUAUGCAUUAGAUAAGAUGAAUUUUAAUAUUGUUGCAAACUUACAUUCUGAUAUCAUUAAUGUGAUAAUUUUACUGACUUAUGGACCUUAUAUUAUUUGGCAAUGGAGCGUUGGUAUAGCCAAAUAUUGUGGUAUUAAUCAUGAAAGAGAAACAUUAAUAAGUCCUAUAUAUAUGUGUAUUAUAAAUUUAUCCCUUGAAGUUCUUAAUCUUCCACUUACAGUAUAUUAUAUUUUUGUUUUGGAAGAGAAGUAUGGUUUUAAUAAGCAGACAGUCUGGUUUUUCACUAAGGACACUAUUAAACAGUUCAUUGUAAUUGAUCUGAUUUUAUUUCCUCUUGGAUACUCUAUACUUUGGAUCAUUAAAAACAGUGGCGAUUACUUUUAUCUAUACUUGUGGAUAUUCUUAAUGAUGUUUAUAUUACUUGUCAUGAUCAUAUAUCCAGAAGUGAUCGCGCCAUUAUUCGACAAGUAUACACCACUACCUGAUGGCGAGUUGAAACAAAAGAUCGAGGAAUUAGCAGCCUCUUUAAAGUUUCCUUUGCAAAAACUGUUUAUAGUUGAGGGUUCUGUGAGAUCGACUCACAGUAAUGCCUAUAUGUAUGGCUUUCACAAAUACAAAAGAAUUGUUCUCUUUGAUACACUCAUUAAGGGAUAUUGCAAAAAGAAUGAUGAUGCUGAUAAGGAUAAGGAUAAGGAUAAGGAUAAGGGUUGUGACAUAAAUGAAAUACUUGCAAUAUUGGCACACGAAUUGGGUCACUGGAAACACAAUCACACCUUGCUAAAAUUUAUAUUUGGACAGGUAUUUGGUGCAGUCAAUAUUCUAAUGUUUGCAAAACUUGGGCGAUAUGGUCCGAUGUAUAGGGCAUUUGGAUUUACCGACCACCAGCCUACCUUAAUUGGCUUUAUUAUAGUGAUAGCAUAUAUUAUGAUUCCAUUGAACACAAUCCUUUGUUUCAUUAAUGUGGUGAUCCAGCGAAAAUUUGAAUUCCAAGCAGAUAAAUUCGCCACGUCAUUGGGCCAUGGCCAGUAUUUAAAGACAUCUCUGUUAAAAUUGCAGGAAGACAAUUUACAAUUCCCUUUAUAUGAUAAGUUGUAUUCCAGUUGGUAUCAUUCACAUCCAUCCGUCGUCGAGCGAUUAGAAGCAAUAGAUGAGACGAUAUCUAAGGAGAAAUAAGAGACUAUAAUUCAAAAUAAGAGAUGAUAUGGUCUAAAGUUUAUAAAUGCGGAUGAAUCAUUAUUUAAACAAAUUUAUAUUUUUUUUUUUAUUUCUCACUGGAAUGGAACUAAUUUAGAAUAAAUAUGCUUCCUGCACAACGGGUGAUAUUAUGACCUUACAGUCUAAUAUUUGUUUUAGAUUUUAGAUUUAUAUCAGUCUCGUACCUAAUAUUCUAAUGAUAUGAAGAUAGAUUCAAAAAAUCAGAUUUUAAUAAUUUAACAUUUUACAUACAUAUUUUACUGUAUACAGUAUUUAUACAGUAAUUAUAUAUAAUAUACGCGUCUCCUUAUGCAUUUAUCAUUUAUUUCUUUUCUUUUUGUCAAAUACAAUCUAGUUAUACUCUUUAGUUCUAGUAAAUAUUCUUUAAGUCUUGUCUUCUGCAAACAAUAACUAAUGUUUUAUGAAAAAUGUGGGUAUUUUGAAUCGUAUUUGCUUCGUUGUAUCUUAUACGUUUUACGGAACAUUUAUUAUUAUUUGCACUUUAUUAUCAAUUAUUCUGAUCAAACAUGUAUACUAUACUACGAGUUCUAAAAA